AAUAUAAAAAAAAACAUAAUUCUUUUUUAUUUCUCUCUCUCUAAAAAACCCCCCCUCUCUCUAGGCAUCUCCGAUCUGUUUCUCUAGUAACCGUUAGAAAGAGAGCCUCUUCAGGUUUUUUUUAUGGUAAAGAGGCAAUAGGUUUUUUUCAAUUGAUCGCUGAAGUGUAGUAAUUAGCUUAAUAAUCUGUCUCCAAUUAGAAUACGAACAUGAAGAAUUGCGAAAGAAUUGCCAAUUUUGCUUUAGCAGGUUUAACAUUGGCACCACUUUUUGUGAAGGUAGAUCCAAACUUAAAUGUGAUCUUGACUGCAUGCCUGGCAGUUUAUGUCGGUUGCUAUCGAUCUGUCAAGCCUACCCCACCUUCAGAGACCAUGUCUAAUGAACAUGCAAUGCGCUUUCCCUUUGUCGGAAGUGCUAUGCUGUUAUCAUUAUUCUUACUCUUCAAGUUUCUUUCAAAAGAUUUGGUUAAUGCUGUUCUGACCUGUUACUUUUUUGUGCUUGGAAUCGUCGCGCUUUCGGCAACACUAUUACCAGCUAUAAAACGUUAUUUGCCUAAGCAUUGGAAUGAUGAUGUCAUUUCUUGGAAUUUCCCAUAUUUCCGUUCUUUGGAUAUUGAGUUCACAAGAUCUCAAAUUGUUGCGGCUAUUCCUGGAACAUUCUUUUGUGCUUGGUAUGCUUCCCAAAAGCAUUGGCUGGCUAACAAUAUUUUGGGCUUGGCUUUCUGUAUCCAGGGGAUUGAAAUGCUUUCCCUUGGUUCUUUUAAGACUGGUGCCAUCCUCUUGGCUGGACUUUUUGUAUAUGACAUUUUCUGGGUUUUCUUCACUCCUGUGAUGGUUAGCGUGGCAAAAUCUUUUGAUGCACCUAUUAAGCUUUUGUUCCCCACAGCUGAUACUGUGAGACCAUUUUCCAUGCUCGGACUUGGUGACAUUGUGAUUCCUGGUAUUUUUGUAGCUCUGGCAUUGCGAUUUGACGUGUCCAGGGGAAAAGACAGCCAGUACUUUAAGAGUGCUUUUCUUGGAUAUGCAGCUGGCGUGGUCCUUACAAUUAUUAUCAUGAACUGGUUCCAAGCUGCUCAGCCUGCGCUUCUGUAUAUUGUACCAGCUGUUAUAGGAUUCUUAGCUGCUCACGUCUUCUGGAAUGGUGAAGUCAAGCCAUUAAUGGAGUUUGAUGAGUCCAAGACUGCUGUGUCAUCUCAAGAAGAUAGUGGAACCAGCUCUAGCAAAAAGGUGGAAUGAUCGGAAAAAGAAAACCUCAGAUACUGAAACUGUAGUGUCAGGGAAGAAAUAUGCUUAUUUUCAUUGAGGACACAGAAUGCUACAACUCUCAAUCUUUUUGCCAACUUAUGCAACUUGCACACCAGUGUAACAGCUUUUGAAAUUUUAGCCACAAAAAAAAAAAUAAAAAAAUUAGUCUCAUAGCAGGACCAUUUUAGACCGUCAGUUUUUUUGUAUUCUUAAGCCUCCAAGAUUUUUCUUGAGAAGUCUUCUUGCGAGGAAAGGCUUGUGUGGUGAUCAGAUAAAACCCUCUGGAAGGAGCCAUUUGAGAUCAUCCUGGUAGUGGACCAAAUGGUUUCAC